CGGAGCUACACCGGGGCCAAUGUCUCUGUUUUUCUUGCUGUCUGUGCGUUUUGGCGACCUGUUUAACAUCGUUCACACGAGGCGCUCGGAUCUGAGUGUCUACACGGAGCAAACGAGGCGGUUUGUGGCGGUGUUUGUGGACGAGAGCGCGACGCCUGUUUGUAUUUGUGUUCACUGCGACACGGAAAGUGACAGAGCAGGAUUCCUCGUCUUUAAACACUUCUGGAGCCUUAAACAUGCUGUCGCACUUCACUUCUUUGGCUUACAGAGUCAGUUUUAGUACUUUAGCCGUCUUGCUGUAGGAGAGCAGGAGGCCUAAUCAUCAUCAUCAUCACCUUCAUCACCCCACGCCUGGUGUUUAUAGUCUAAUGUUUCGGAUUUAAACACAUCUGUCAGUGCUUAACUUGCUCUUGGACACGAUGAGAGGAUAGCAACAGUGUUAAGGGUCUACGUUAAGAAGUUAGGAUCACAUGAUGUGCGAUAUUCUCUUUUAAUGCGGAUGCAACUGAUACAGAUCGACUUUGGAAGAUGUUGUAGGUGUUGUGUUAGCAACACAGGAUUGCUGAAGAAAGUGCUUGAGGCAUAGGCUAGAGUCAGUUGCCUUAUGCAGUCCUUUAAGGCAAUGCUACAGAGGUCGUAUGAAUGCAUAAAUAAGGUUAGGGCCACCAUUUAAAGCUAUGAUGUGAACUUUUAGUAUGCGAUGCACUUAUUAAGGAGAUAUUGAACUGUUUCUCCCUGGGUUUGCGAGGAUUGAAGUGCAUUGUAGGUUCACUUCUGUUGGUUUUUAGUGUGUGGCAGGCAGUGGCGUGUGCUCCAGCUCCCUGGAAAUGAGAAGAUGAAUUGCGAGGAACAAGCUGUAGAUUUGUGCAAUGCUAUAGAUUUGUGCAAUGUGCCUGACAACACUAUAUCACACGCUGUGGACGAGAUCCUUCCCCGUGGCGGCCUCCUGCUGACGGAUGGAGAUCUGGGGGAACGGGACGCUACCGUCCUGACCAGGUUAAAAGACGUCCAUCCCAAGGAUGAUGGCUCCUCUGAGCUCAAUGCACCACAUGGUCAAAACAACGGCUCCAUUGCUGUGUCAGCCGACCCUGUUAAUGGUCCUGCUGGCGAUCUGCAACAGAACAUAAGCACGUUUGAGGAACCACUGGUGAGCAGAUGCUCUGUUGGAGAUGGUGAGAUGGAUAUCGGUGUGGAUUUAAGUCAGGAUGAGAAUGGCGUUUUGGAAUGCGAGCCAACGGCCCAGACUCAAAGUGAGGAAAGCGCCUCCAGUCGUGAGAACUCGCUAACAUCAGAAACUGUCACAGAACUGCAUUCACAGCAGCCUCCGGAAGAACGUGGUGAGGAUGUGCCCUCAGAAACCACGUCAGCGGCUACAACACCAGGCAGUGGAGCUGGGAGUAAGCACGGGGCCAAAAGGGUGACCUUCCCGUCGGACGAAGACAUCGUCUCGGGUGCGGUUGAGCCGAAGGACCCUUGGAGACACGCCCAGAAUGUGACGGUGGAGGAGAUCCUGAAUGCCUACAGACAGGCAUGCCAGAAGCUCAACUGCAAACCAAUCCCUAAAGUGUUCAAACAGAUACAGGACUUAAAAGACCUGACACAGCGAAACGAGUGCCUAGAACUCAAAGGAGAGAAGCUGGAUUAUAAAUCAUGUGAAUCUCUGGAGGAGAUCUUUAAGAGGGUGCAGUUUAAAGUGCUGGAUCUGGAACAGACAAACUUAGACGAGGAUGGAGCGUCCGCUUUGUUCGAUAUGAUAGAGUACUAUGAAUCCGCCACUCAUCUCAACAUCUCCAGCAACAAGCACAUCGGCACACGCGGCUGGCAGGCCGCCGCGCACAUGAUGAGGAAGACGAGCUCUCUGCAGUACCUGGAUGCUCGUAGCACCCCGCUGCUGGACCAUUCGGCUCCGUUCGUGGCCAGAGCUCUGCGGAUCAGCGGCAGUCUCACCAUCCUGCACCUGGAGAACGCCGGCAUCUCAGGACGACCGCUGAUGCUGCUGGCCACAGCACUGAAGAUGAACAUGAACCUCAGAGAGCUGUAUUUGGCCGAAAACAAGCUGAACGGUCUGCAGGACUCGGCUCAGCUGGGGAAUCUGCUGAAGUUCAACUACAACAUCCAGAUUCUGGACCUGAGAAACAAUCACAUACUGGACUCAGGGUUGGCGUAUGUAUGUGAGGGUCUGAAGGAGCAGAGGAAGGGUUUGGUCACUCUGGUGCUCUGGAACAACCAGCUCACACACAAUGGCAUGGGAUAUCUGGCCGCCGCUUUGCCUUUCACUCAAAGUUUGGAAACACUGAACCUUGGUCAUAACGCAGUGGGGAACGAGGGAGUGCACAAACUAAAAGACGGACUCAUAGCAAACCGGUCCAUCCUCAGGCUGGGUCUGGCCUUCACCAAACUCUCCUGUGAAGGAGCGGUGGCUAUCGCAGAAUUCAUCGCUGAGAGUCCGAGGAUCCUCCGGCUGGACAUGCGGGAGAAUGAAAUUAAAACCGGAGGCCUCAUGGCUCUCACGCUCUCCUUUAAAGUCAACUCAUCGCUGCUCCGACUCGACCUGGACCGAGAGCCCAAGAAAGAGACGGUGAAGAGUUUCAUUGAGACACAGCGCGCCCUGCUGGCAGACAUUCAGAACGGCUGCAAGAGGAACUUCAUCCUGGCCAAAGAGAAGGAGGAGACGGAGCAAAAGAUGAGGCAGUCGGUUUCAAUGGCCGAAAUCGCCACUGAGGACCAAACUCAGGAGGAUGAAGAUGCAUCUGCUGAGAAAAUCGAGGAAGAAAACACCGCAGGUCAGGGAGACGCAACCGACGAGGGCAGUGCAUCUGACAGCCAAGAGGUCAACGAUCAAAAACCGACACUACAAGACGACUCGGACUCUGACACCGAGGAUGAGGACACAGCCGAGGAGCCAAAAGCUUCUGCAAACACCACACCUCCCACACUGAUUCCUGCAAUAAGCGCUUGCAAGACCGUGGCCUCGGCGCCUCCUCUACCAGAAUCCCCAGCGGGAAUAACGGUGACCGAAGCCAGCGCUGUCCCCGGAGCCCCAGCAUCUCCUGGCCGCUGCUUUUCAGUGUCUAGUCCCGGCAGAGGACACAAAAUCUUUAUGGUAACCCGUGUGGAAAGCCCUCCGGAGCAGCAACAGAUGACUGCAUUCAGCGAGAGGGUGGCAGAGAGCCAAACAUCCACACAAACUAAUAUAAAAGCACCUUUAGAUGCACCAUCGAACCAAACAGCAUCUGAGCUCAGCACGUUAACAUCACGUGCAGAAACAACACCAGCACUUGUUCAACCGCUCAACGCGUCUUCACUUGCCGAUAAGCAGGAGAAUGUGAAGGAGUCUCGAGCUUCACCAUUAGAAAUCGCACAGGAACCUGCCACGCCAUCUGAAAGCCAGAAGGACGCCGUCCUUGCCGAUCAGACUCACUUAGAGCAGCAGUUGAUUGUAAAUACAAGCAUAGAAACAUCGCAAAAUGUAAGCGAAAAGGACCAGACGUUCUGUUCUCACAUGGAGCAGAAACGGGAAUCGAGUCCCACCCAAACAGAGCCAUCAGUUUCAGGACAAUCCCGACAUGAGACGCUAUGUCCAGAACAGCUGUGGGAAGUUCAGCCAGGUGUUAACGGAGAAAAACAAGUGCAGUCUAGUGAGCAGCAGCAGGCCUCUCAGCUGCAGGAGGUCACGAGAGGUCACGAACCCCUCGAUGAGGAAGACUGCAGUGCUCCUGACCAGAUCUCCACAGAAGAAGCUGAAGGUCAUCCGGCUGUGAGUACGGCAGCAGCGCUGCCCAACGGGCUGAAGCCAGAGUUUGCCUUUCACCUGCUUGAACCCGAGGGACCCAAACCAGCCAGCUGCAUUAUGGAGCAUGUGAGCGUGACAGCAGAGCUGAGCUGUGGGCAGGAUUUAGAGGAGCUUCUCCUUGAUGCCAGUCUGGACACCAGCAGAGAUGCACCGUAAUGCUGUAACCAAGGAUCCACACAUGCAGAGAGAAUCAGAAGGGCCGGUUUGUUCUCGCCACAUGGCAUCCGCUCAUAUUCCUCGGGUCUCUUUCUGUCUUUUUCAUGUCUUUUCCACAAAUUUUCCAAUCGUUGCAUCAGAACACAGAGGACUCACCUUCCCUCCAGUGUCCAACUUUGAUUGAAAUUAGGAAAAUCUCUUCUGCCAUUCAAACAUUUGCCGUAAAGUAUAUGUUCGCACAGUUACCAAAGACGCACAUGCAGAGAAACACACACACACUCGCUAACCGGCGACCUUCUUCUGUUCCUCCCCGUUACGCUGUCGACUGUGGCGCCUCACUGCAGCGCUGCUCUCCUCCGCCCCCUGAUGGACUGGAGGUUGUAAUGCAGUACAGAGACUGACCGGCUGCAACAUGCGAAGACAUUUCAUUGGUUUUGGCUUUCCGAUAUGGUCAAGUUGGCAGACGUUGUUUCGUGAGAGCGUUGUUGCGGGUCUCUGUGUGUGUGUGUGUGUGUAUGUUGUUAUUAGUGUCUCGUUAACACAAAAAAAAGACUUGAGAUCUGCUUUCCAUUGGAAUCGGUCAAAACACUCACUUCUGAUCUCACCAGGUUCCCUUCAUCAACCAGCACUUCUGAAACCUGCGUGAAUGUGUGGAACAAUUUAGCGAGUCAUCUGAAUGAUUCGGACAUCUUCGUCCUCGGCGAACGAACGAGUUGUACAGUUUUCACUCUCUCUUACGGUCUCAAAGACUCAUUCGGUCUUCCAUCGGUAAAACCCUGUGUGUCACCGUACGUACCCAUCCGAAGACAGGACAAGACACGUUUGCCUUUAAACCUUUUUUCAGCUCUUUACUCCGGCUGCUUGGCUGAAUCAGUUUGUAUUUAUUUUAAACAACCCGAGUCUGUUGUGUGAUUCUUUUUUUUCCUCUUCAUGUGCCCCAUCUUUUUUAAGCUGUUGUUGUGGGAUUUUCCCCCUUUGGUGUAUAUUUUCAGAUUCUAUAUAGAGCAAAUAUUAAGUUUAAAUUUUCCUAUUUUGAUUGGUGGGGGUUUGGGAAAGGGGCGGGGCUCUGUGGAUUGAUUUAUAUAAAUAGGGCUGGAGCUCUGGGAGAGUAUAUGAUGUAAAUCAGGUGUGUGUUUGGGCGUGAAAUGAAGGCAGUUGGAGUGUCGGAGCACAAGACUUCAUGAAGAAAACACUACGCUUGUGUGAAGCUACUGCCGCUGGAGACACUAGAGACUACACUUUACCUCGAGAGACGUCGCCAUCGUCAGACAAACGUGUGAUUCUAGGGCAAACGAGAAGCUUGUGACAUCUUGAGCUGAUUAGUGUAGUACUUCCCACCAUUCCUGGCUCUGUGGUUGGUGCUUUUCAGUUUCUCUCUCUCUCUCUCUUUAACGUCUGGUUGAUGUCGACUCUGACGUCUAUCUGCCAGGCUUCAGAGAAGCUUUGCCUCUACAUCCAGAUUGUCUUUGACCUUGAAAUCAACACUUCUGUGCUGCUCCCCAACCCGAUGUUUGUAAUGCUUUAUUUUUAGUAAUUUUUAAAAUUACCUGUUAAAUUAAUCAAACUGUACCGGUAAACACUAAGAGAUGUGUAUGGCUUUUCCCUCUCAAAUAAAUGCAUGUUAUGA